CAAGGCCAUGCUGUCUGGUGUAUGGGGUCCGUUUCCGUCUGCGGGGUACACUGCUGCCGCCCCCGCCUACAAUGGCUUCACCUCCCUCGCACACGCCAAGUGGAGUUCUCCGUCCGACCCAAUCGUUGAGCUGACAGAGAAUUUGGCUGAGCUGAGUUUGAAACAGAAGUCUGUCAAACAGCCCCCUCCUACCUACCUGUGCCACCUGUGCUUCGUCACCGGUCACUACAUCAAAGACUGUCCAAUGGCAUGUUUAUUCCAGGCGAGGCCUAAAGGAGAAGGUUUGACGCCUUACCAAGGAAAGAAGAGGUGCUUCGGGGAGUACAAAUGUCCGAAAUGUAAGAGAAAAUGGAUGUCAGGAAACAGCUGGGCGAACAUGGGACAGCAAUGUAUCAAAUGUCACAUCAAUGUGUAUCCACAUAAACAGAGGCCUCUAGAGAAACCGGACGGGUUAGACGUAUCAGACCAGUCCAAAGUCCACCCACAACACCUCUGCCAGAAGUGUAAGUACGUGGGUUACUACUGCAGGAGAGAGCUGCCGUUGGCGACAAGGCCGAGUGGGUAGCUUCGUGCUGUGAUGUUCAUCAACUUUUGUGCGACACAAAGACAACUCUUCUGCAGCCAGAACUGCUCUUAUUUUUUACGCAUUUUUUUACUUUAACCGUUCACACUAUUCCAUGAUUAUGUUUUACUAUUAUUUCUAAGUAAUAGAUUUCAUUUUUGUGUAAAUACAUUUUAUUUUAAGUACUAUAUUUAAUAAGCAUUAAAUGACAGUAUUUUGUAAGAGAAUAUAUUUACAACGAGUAUUCAUAUUUUCUUAUAUUUCUGUAAUUCAGAUGAACAAUUUUUUCCCUGAUACAGUGUUAGAAUAAGGUAUACAUUUUAUGUUGUCAAAAAAAUUGAUAGAU